GAAAACACGUCUGUAAGGCGUGAUAAGAAGGCUUCUGUUUCCGAAAUUAGGAUGAUCCAGAAAGAGGUGAUGCGAUAAACCAUCUUCUUGACUUCAAUUUCCUCCUCAUCUACAGAAACAGUUAUUUCAGAAUUUGACCAGUUAACCUUCACAAAAACAGGGCAAAAGCAACGUACAAGUCAGACAGGAUGAGGAAUAUUAUAGCUCUACUGGUACUUUUAGUAACUAUUACUGCGGCUAAGUUUCUUGACGAUGGAAUACCGUGCUUGGGUAAGUCUUGUUGGUUGGACAGCGAUUGCCCACAGUGUUCUCAAACUAAAGUCAUCUGCAAUUAUAGAACUGACACGUGUCAAGAGGAGACAUUUUGGGAUAAGUGGAUAAGAAGAAAGCCGUGCCCCCGAUAUUUCAAGAGAUCGUGUAAAGAUACAGCUGACUGCAAUUGUGGUGGAAAACUGAUCUGCGAGGAUAAUGAAUGUGUUGUAGACAGGAUGACUGAAGAAAUUAGAGCACGAAGACAUUAACCAACGCUUUGGUACCGAUCACAAGAAGUUAAUAUCACACUUUCCUAAAACUAGUAACAGAUACAUCACUAUUUAACAUGAGAUAAGACGAUGUGAAUUUCUUGGGUAACUCAAUUGCGAGUUCUUAAAUAAAAGAAUAUAAGUUACUGAUUCUGA